CAGUUCUCUGCGUUCUCCUGUGACUCUGCUCCAGUGAGACCUUCCUGCUGACACUUCAGGAUCCAAAGCGCAGCUCCAUCGACCAGGUUCUUCCACUGGCAGCAGACCAGGCGGCACGCCAGCACCAAAUCCACUGCAGCUCUGCGCUGUAGGGGCCCCGGGAUUUUCCAUCGGGAAGCUGUGGGUCUGCCAUGACCACCGUCCUGGACCUCCCCGAGGAUGUCCUGGUGGAGCUGCUCUCCCUGCUCCCCGCCCGCGACCUGCUCCGCGCCUGCAGGCUGGUCUGCCGGCAGUGGCGGUACGUGGUGGACCUGACCACCCUCUGGAAACGCAAGUGCCAGCGCGAGGGGUUUUACACGCAGCAUUUGGACAGGAGCAUCUCUGACUGGAAGGUCUUCUAUAUGCUCUGCAACUUGAGGAGAAACUUAAUCAAAAACCCCUGUGCCGAAGAGAAAUUUCAGCACUGGAAAAUUGAUAAAAAUGAAGGAGAUAAAUGGAAUAUUGAGGAUCUGCCUGGACCUCAUGGAAAUAUGAUGCCAGACCCCAAAGUACACAAAUACUUCGUCACUUCAUACGGGCCAUGCUUCAAGUCUCAACUCAUUACCCUGCAGAAAGAAGGAUACUGGAAUCAGUUGAUGGAUGAGAAACGGCCUGAAAUUGUAGUCAAGGACUGGUAUUCGGCCAGAUUUGACUGUGGGUGUCGCUAUGAACUUAUAGUGAGGCUGCUUUCUGAAGACUACAUUGUCCUUGAGGAGUUCCGCCCCGAGCCAGUGGUUAUAGAGCAGUGGAGCGAUGCAACGUGGAGAGAGAUUUCUCACACCUUCCAGAAUUACCCAGCUGGAGUUCGUUACAUCUUGUUUCAGCACGGAGGCCAAGACACCCAGUUCUGGGCAGGAUGGUAUGGGAUCCGAGUGACAAACAGCAGCAUCACCAUUGGGCCCCUGACGCUGUUAUGAAGGCACAAUAUAAGUGUCUGCUUUUACCUCAGGACUGUAACCAGGUGGUCUCGGGUGCACUUACCUCUCUGUACUCACUGGGUGGGUGUCUGGCUUUGUCUUGCACAGGUGAUCUCAAAUACCAGCAGCUAGUUCUCCUUGCUCACAGCAGAACUUCUGCAGCCCAGGCCUUUGGAAGGACUUCUGUUGUCUUCUUUCAUUCUCUUGUACCAUGGGUGUUACUGUGAUUAUUAGUGUCCUUCCUCAGGAGGAAGAUUAGGACAACUAAAUAUGACAUCUGUCUUUUCUACUUAAUAUGUCUUUGUGCUACAGCCAAAUGCUUUUAAGUCUUAAAUAGAAAACAUUUCUCUUUUGUUUAUGGAACUUACGAAAGACAAGGCUAAAAUGUUUAAUUUCAGAUUAUUGAUGCUGUCCUCAAGGGCUCUGCUACAGAGAGACUUAUUUUGUAUGGUAUUUUCUCGUUUCAUUUUAAUUAUGUAUAAAAAUUAUGUAUCUUUCAGAACAUCAGAACUUCCGUAGCAUGAGGAAACCGUCAAUGAUUUUUCAUAAAUGCUGUGUCACUGGUACUUGAUUUCUUACCGUUUCUGUAAGUGUAUAUGAUCAAAAUGGUACAUACCCUCCCUGUCCAAAUACAGCCCAUCGUUGUUUGAAUAAACAUCUAUUGAAAGAAGAGAGAAGGAAUCCUGUAAGGUGGCUGCCUUAAAACAUAAGUGCCUUUUGAUUGUGCCCGGCUUUUUCCAUAGUGCCUUUGUACUACCAGAGUAUUUGGUUUGUACUGAACAGUCUAACCCUAUAUAAAACGUUAAAGCAGCGCACAACCUGGAUCUAUGGUAUUCUUGCACCUUUUACUUGGAGGAAGCAGGGAGGUACUACACUUGCCUGUCUCAUCAAAUUGUCUGCGCAACAAACUCAACUCAAAAACUACAAACCAUGUUUUCUACCCCUGUAUGCACAGAGCCAAUACUAAGGCCUUCCAUAAGUGUAGGAUUAACGGUGUUUCCCUUGUCUGUUCUGCUAGGAGUUGGACAGCUGGCACGUGUCCUGGCUGGACAGACAAACCACCUUGGUAGUACCACCUGUGGGUGAAAGCUCUCCCAUGGAAAGGGGAGAGACCAAGGUUGUUAAUGGCCUCUCACAGGAACUGAUAGAUCCCACAUGUUCCAGAAAAGGUGUGGAAAGGUGGUGGAAGCUCCACAGAAAACUCAAAGCUCCAUACAAAAUAAAAAUACUUCCUCAUGUAAGGG